CCUUUAUGUUCGUAAAAUGAAACAAUGUUCGCGGUGCGGCUGUAUACGUAAGAGCUAGGAGCGCAAACCGCAGCGUUCAACCUCAAAGGCAGGCGCGCCACGCCUCGUUGCGGUGAGCGGUGGGCGACUGCGGUGGCGCGGUGGGAGGGGCGAUCACACGGUACAAACGGCGCAUGUUCCCUGCGAUCAGUCAGCCGCCAGGCCGCCGACUGUGUUGUCGUUACUGCCACGAGUACCGUGGUAUCGCGGCAAUGAUGCGGUCAAACAACAUGCGAUUGGAAGCGGAGAUCAUACAAAAUGUAUUACAACACCAAAUUCUUUACAAUCCGAAACACCCAGAAGCGAAAAAGCGAAGAAUUGUUGACAAGGUUUGGGAUCAAGUUGCUGAAACAAUGGAGAUGCCUGUUGAAGAGCUGCGUAGACGUUGGAAGAAUUUAAAAGACUGCUACUUGAAAUAUCUGCGAUCAAAAUUGCCCGGACCGAAGUCACCUUUGCUAAAACGCUAUAGCACUUGGCCAUGGGCUGGACACAUGGCUGCGAUCAAGCCAUAUAUCAACUAUACCCCGCGCGUACGAUUCGAUCGCGAGGCGUCUCCAGAUCACGAAUCGAAGACACAUCGAACAAUGGAAACCUUAAACGUGAUGACCUACUCCGGGAUGGAGAACCGUACGGCGGAGUAUGACGAUAUCGAUUUACUGUUUCUGAGUCACGCAAAAGUCGUAAAGAAGUUCUCCGCAGAGCGACAAGCUCUUCUGAAGUACAGAAUCGCCACGAUAAUCGUUGAAGAGGAAUUAGCAAAUAUCAGAGGUGACCCGUUACAAACAAACAUUGGCCCUCACAGCACUGACGCCACAGACAUUGUGAAUUUCGCAAAAAUCGAACUUCACUCUGAAGCUGAGUGAUUUUAACUGUAAUAUUAAUUUUAACAAUGCCAAAUGUAAAGAUACUCUGUAAUAGUUUUAGAUGAUUUUUAAAAGACUUAAUUUUAUCUCAUUACUUGUUAAUGCUUAAGAUUGUUUGUAAGCAAUAAUAAAAGUUUAUAUGUCAAUUUCUUAAGACUACUAGCGCUUCAUACCGCACAGAAAUACCCUACACAAUAUUUUAAACUCCUGUGCAAUGUCGUAAGAUU